AUGCUUGCGACACAAUUUUAUCCAAUUGGUGCUCGACAAGUAUUUCCAUGUUUCGAUGACCCAUCAUUUAAGGCAACUUUUAACAUUUCUAUAAAGCAUUUUGCUCAUUAUAUGGCACUGUCGAAUAUGCCAGUACGAAAUACAAAUAGAGCUAGUUUAACCAUGGAGUGGACACACUUCCAACGAACUCCCGUAAUGUCCACUUAUCUUCUGGUGAUUAUGCUGUCCGAUUUUCCUAGGACUUCUGUCAAAGAAAUAAACUUUAGAUAUCAUAGAUCACAACCGGAACUCGGUACAGAAUUUGCACAAAGAGUUAUUCAGAAUAUAAGUUUACAUUUCAAAUCUGAAUGGCUACGUUUCCAAAAGCUUCCAAAAGUGGACCAUGUUGUAUUACCGAAUUUCCUACGCAAUGGUGUGGAAUAUUGGGGACUUAUUUUUUAUAGGGAAUCAGAUAUUCUCUAUAUUGAAGAAUUAUACUCUGUUGGACGCAAAGUAGAUAUCGCGCGUCUAAUAGCACAAAAAAUAGCAUAUCAAUGGUAUGGUAAUCUCGUUAGCCCUCGUUGGUGGUCUGAUGCGUGGCUGUAUGAAGGUCUGACUACGUUACUCGCAACAGAUGCUAUUAAUAAAACAUAUCCAGAAUUUCGUAUAUGGGAUUUAUUUAUAGUUCAAAUUCAACAAGAAUCUCUUCGUUUAGAAUCCAUCAUGAAGCCUGUUUCAUCGGAAGUCAAUACUCCCUCUGACAUCAAUUUAGUUUUCUCUUUUGAAUAUUAUUUGAAAGGACCUGCUUUAUUGCGUAUGUUACGAUAUACAGUUAAUAACGAAGUGUUUGGAAGAGCUGUGGAGAAGUUUCUAGAUUCUUACUCGACGAAUGCCGAUGAAUUCUGGAUCUCUUCGGAAGAUGCGCUAGAAACAUUUUUUCCAGAGAGGUCUGAUGUAUCAUCUAGGAUGGAUAGUUGGAUUUAUUCAUCAAAACAUCCUCCUGUGUUAAAAAUGACAAAGAAUAAUUCUAAAUCAGUGAUGAUUUCGGUGGAAGAUAAUUAUUUGCUGCAUGAAACAAAACCAUGGAUACCUGUUACACAAGUUACAUUGCAACACGAUUUUGAAAUAAAAAAGGAUCCUGAUGUCAUAUGGCUGAAUCCAUCCAAUGAUCCCACUAAAUCAUAUACUACCUAUAUAAUCGAUAACAAUUUUCAUUGGAUAAUACUCAAUGUAGAACAAGCUGGAUAUUAUCGCGUUAAUUAUGAAACUGACAAUUGGCUAAACAUUUCAAAUUACUUGAAUGAUAUCAAUAAUUAUACAAAUAUACAUGUUCUCAAUCGUGCUCAACUUAUUGAUGAUGCUUUUUAUUUUCUUAAAAGAGGACAACUUAAAUUGUCCGCAUUUCAUAAACUUGUGGAAUAUUUACAGUACGAAACAGAUUAUGUAGCAUGGUUUCCUAUGUUCAAAGGUCUUGAAUCUAUAUCAACUUACUUUUUGUUUUCAGAAAGUAAUGAUUUCCUGGGAACUAUAAAAAAUGUUUUGACCAAACUCCUUCGUAAGAUUGGAUAUAUAGAAAGUUUUGAGGAUAACCUUACUAAAUCUUUAAAACAAGAAGCUGCAAGAUGGGCAUGUACUUUCAACAUAAUGCACUGUAUAUAUAGUGCUAAUGAUAUGUUAAAAUUUUAUCUUCAAAAUCUUGAUUCGUACACAAUUUUACCAUGGUGGAAAAAAUGGGCAUUUUGUAACGGUCUUACGUACACUGAAUUUAAUGAAGAUGCUUUCUGGUUAAUGUUCUAUAAAUGGCAAGACUCUAAUGAUGACGCAUUAAUAAAAUAUAUAUCUUGCAGUAGAUCUUCUGAUGCUAUGUACCAUUAUAUUAACCUAACAAAUAAUGCAUCAGAAAAUUGUAAUUCUGGAAAUCAAUGUAAGGAUGCAAAUAUGCUAGCCAAAAAACGUGUUAAUCGUUUCUUGUACAUUGUUGCAAAAAACUCAAAAGAAGAUGUAAUAUUUGAUUACAUAAAAGAAAAUUAUGACAAUAUAAAACCAAGGGAAGUUAGUACAGUUGCAACAUUUAUUAUUAUGAUUAAUCACAUAUAUUAUUCGCCUAAACUUGAUGAGGUAAAUUAU